AGCACCGAACUUUUGCAAAAACAGGAUUUUGAGGGGCUACACUUCCCAUGAAUAUCAUGAUGAUGAUGAUUCAGAGUCGUUUGACUCUAGAUCCAUGAAAAGGAAACUCGACUGUCACUCCCCCAACAUUAUCAACAAGCAGUCCACCGUCCACGUUGUCCAUUAAUUGCGUGGGAGCUCUUGCUUUCACGGCGGUCUCCUUCCAGACACGGUGGUCGGACUCAGGAGCAGAAGGGAGGGAACUGGCCGCGGAAAGCUACAAGUAACCCAACCAGUAAUUCUUUCUUCUCAGGGCUUCUGCACUUAAUAAGAAUGGCAGCUUAAAUUAUAGCUCACUGCAUCAUAAUCUGUUGCCGUUUCUAUAAAGCCUUCGUGGUGGGUGGAAGCUUGAAGGGCGUGUAUCUAAGUUGACAUGGAUACGGCGAUUAGUAGCAGCAUCAACGUGUCUUCAGAUUUCUUCCAAGUUUCCUAAAUCGAGAAGUUAUGUCGUGGAAGUGUAGGGCUCCUGAUUUCCGAGAAUUGGUGGGUUUUUCUAGUUCAGGACUGUCCACAUGUUCUCUGGAAAACAAGUCGAAUUGGUCUCCCCAUUUUGGUAGUUCUUAUGGAGGAGAAUAAAUUUCCAUGAUCCGAUCCUUGGAUAGACAGGGACUUUCUUGGUUUUUCAUUCAUUGCAGAAAGUUCGGGCUAUACGAUUGUCCCGAUUUUGGACAGUUUUUGUUUAUGUUGUUAUUCUUGAAUGAUGGUAGCUUCUUGUGCGUUUCAAUUGACUGCAGAAAUCAGGGGUAUGAGGAACUUUUGUGGGGAUUGCCCAUGACCUUCCAGAACAAACAAAUACGAUUGGCAUAGAUUUUGGGUGUAUGCGAAUUCGGUGGUUUUUGACAAGGUCUAUUUACUUCCAGGAACUUGGUUUCGCUUUUUUGUAUGAAAUAUGGACGUUGUGCAGACUGUUUCUGCUGCCACCCAAAUUGUUUCUUGCAUGAUAGGAGCUGUUGGAGCAUUAGAACAAGCUUCCAGGGGUCUUGAGGAAGCUUCAAAGACGGUGAAGAGUUUAGAGGAGCUAGUAUGUAAUCUGCGGGAACUGAUUAAUGGUUUUGAACAGAAACAUGUAAAUAAGGUUGCCAGUUCACAGUUGGAUCGCCAAAUUCAGAGCUUGAGUGAAUUGGUCCAACAGAUGCAAACCAAAAUUGGAAAAGCCAAAAGAAUGUUAUCAAAAAACAAAGUCAAGAAGUUUUCACGGGUUGUUUGGGCGUCGAUGGUUGGGGACCCUUUUCUGAAAUUGGUACAGUCAAUCAGGAAUGACCUGAACUGGUGGCUUGAAUCGCAACAGCUCUAUAGAGAUGUAGAGAAGACGAUAGAAACCGGUGCAAUGAGAGUACCUACUCUGUUGAGAAUAAACUCAGAACCAGGCUACCCGAUUUCGAGUAAAUGUAGGUACAUAAAGAAGCUAUUGGAACUAGAGGAUUCUCAUAGAGUAAUUCUCAUCGUGGGUUUGUCUGGGAUAGGAAAAUCUUGUUUAGCCCGUCAAGUGGCUUCGCAGCCACCAAGCAAAUUCAUGAAUGGCGCUGUAGAGGUUAGGUUUGGUCAGUGGUGCAGUAGGGCAGCAUGCAAUGGAAGCAAAAUAGAGUAUCAGAAACGGUUGGCAAAGAAAAUUUGCACGUUUUUGGUAAACAUAGGUGUUGGUAAAAAGGUAUGGGAAGAGACAAAUGGAGAACUUGAAAAUGCAUGCUUUCUUCUUCAAGAAGCACUGGCAGGGAAAAGUAUUUUAAUACUGUUAGAUGAUGUCUGGGAACAAGACAUUGUCGAAAGGUUUGCUAAGUUGUACGAUAAUGGUUGCAGAUACUUGGUGACCACGCGGAAUGAAGCCAUAUACGAAAUUACAGAAGCUGAGAAGGUUGAGAUAUGUAAAGACGACUUAAAGGAAAUAAGCAGGGAAAUCCUUAUUUACCAUAGCCUUCUCAAUGAAGAGGAACUUCCGUCCUCCGCGGAAAUAUUGCUGGAACGGUGUGGGCAUCACCCUCUCACAGUUGCUGUAAUGGGAAAAGCUCUUAGAAAAGAAAAAAGUGAAGAUAAAUGGGAAAAAGCUAUUAGGAAUAUUUCUACUUAUGCAACAUGUGCACCAGGUCCAGUGUCUUAUGUAAAUGAAAAAGAGGCAGAAAAUACUGUUACUGUCUUUGGCUCGCUGGAGUUCAGUUUAGAAGCAAUGCUUGCAUCCUCCAGAAAGCUUUUUAUCAUUCUUGCAGCAGUUGCAUGGGAGGAACCUGUCCCAGAGGCUUGUCUUGAAGCUUUAUGGGUUGUGCUUGGGAACUGCAACUUGUUUCCGCUUGAAGUUUGCAAGCUUGUUGAAUCUUCUCUUUUGAUUAAAGCUGAUUCUUAUUUGGCAUAUCAUGUCCAUGAUAUGGUUUCUUUGUACCUUGAUGGUAAAGUGGAUGAUGCUGUCAAAAUUUUGUUGAUUGAUUCAACUAUGGAUGAUUCUGCUUCUGUUUCUCCAUGGCUAUUCGCUUUCGGGAAAGAAAGAGUUAAACCUAUUGCAGAGCAAAAGAUGAGGUGCUCCCUAUGUAGUACAGAUGCAAAACAUGUUGUGACUACUCUAGAAACCAUUGUGCAAGCUCUUAUGGCUAGUAAAUCUGUGUCUGACUUGGAAGCAAGCAGUGCUGGUUUUAGUUAUAUUCUUGGCCCAAAAGUUGCUGACCUGAUCUCGGUUGGAUCUUUAGAAAUAGUAGCUGCUGUUGCAAAAUCCAUGAUGAACAUAUUCUGCAAGAAUGACUACAUCGAAUACCAUCAAUCACUUGUAGAUGCAGAUGCCAUUGAUAAGUUUGCCAACCUGAUGGAAGAAACUGAUGAACCCAUCAUUCAGACGAGUGUGUCCAUUGUCCUGGCAAAGAUGGCAGAAUAUGGAAGUGAAGCUAUAGUUGAUAAGGUAAUAACAAAGAUUCCUAUGAACAGGCUAGCAGACUUGCUUGUUCCCCAGAUGGAAGAGUCGGAUGACAAUGUAUUCAAUGCUGUAAUAUCAUUAAUCAAGGCUGGCAAUGCGAGGGCAGUUGAUCGGAUGUUCGCUAGCAGGAUUGAUAAGAAGCUGGUAGAUGUCAUUGGGAGUGGAUCUGAGAUAGCACAACACCAUGCUAUUGUCACUUUGAAAUCAUUUUAUGAAUCUGCAGGGCCAGUUGUGCGUCACUAUCUUAUGCAAGGAACCUUUGAACAUUUGCCGUGGGAUGCAAAGCUGAAUUUAGAAAGGUUUGCCUUGAAAGAGCUCCAUGUUCCUUCUUCACCCAAACCACAAAGUCUUACCGAUAUGAUUCAUAAGAUGCGUGGGUCAGAUAGCAGGCAGGUAGUUGAAGCAAUGCAGGAUGUUGUACCAAUAGUUGAGGUGGCAAAUGAUAAAAGAGUCCAAGAUAUGAUACUUCAGAGCACCUUAAUUGAAAUAUUAGCUGAAUUUCUGCAUCAAGGAAGCCUUGCAGACAACCGCAUACGAUGUUUAUCUGCAUUUCUUAUCUUAAAACUAUCUUGCGCUGGGGGCGAGGCAUGCGUUCGUCAAAUUCUUGACUACAAUGUCAUCCAUGAUCUGGUUAAAAUGAUGCAGUGUAAUGUAGCAGAGCUGCAAGAUGCAGCUUACCAAACACUCCAUCAGAUGCUUUUUGGGGACGGAGGGAUUCUAGUAUUGAAUCGAAUGCUAGAGUCCAAACAGAUUGAAAGGUUGGUUGCCUUGCUUGAUUGCAACUCUAAGAAGACAAGGGAGGUGAGCACACAUUGCCUCUAUGAUAUUGUCGAGAUUGGGAACAAGCUGUGUAUAGAGAGAAUGUUAGCUGCUCAAGUUGUGGAGAAGCUUGUGAACCUGGAGAAAAGCGGUAGGGGUUUUGGUGACCCAGUCGUUAAAUUCUUGAAGGGGCUUGAUAAGUGUCGUCUUUCAGUUGCUGAACGUCGUGUGCUGAAGCAGCAAAUUUCCAGGAAAGUUAAGUCAGCUAUCAAGGGCCACAAACUGGAAACACAGAUCAUAGCAGCGGUAGAAGGUUACGCUUCAGAAGGUUCAAAAUCAAAUAGCAGUGGAAAACAUAAAAGGUAGAUGGUACUUGGUUUCACUUGAUCUUGCUUUCUGCUUUCAAUCAGCAAGCUGGACCCUACAAUUUCCAACUCCAAGAGGCCCAAAGAUCAGAAACGGACAAGAAUUCAGCAUGAAGUUAAGAAAAUGAUGAAAAUUCUUAAUGAAAAUGAAACAUGAUACUUGCUGAUCAUUAAAUGAAGUUGGCUUCCUAUUGUCACAUGAUCCAGUUUCAAAAUUCUGAGGCUUGCAGAUAUAAUGAAUGGUUCAAGAUGCUUGAUGAGUCUUAAAUUCUUAAGUUACCUUGGGCAUCAUCAACUGGCCAGUUUUGAGCAUCAGAUAUGUACUGAUUAGUUGCUGACAUGCUGUUUAUUGCAUGAGUUCUUGUUUUUCUGAAGAUAGACAGAGAAAUACAAUCCAUUACCAUACAAGUUACCAACA